AUGCUGUCGGGCUCCUCACGCACCGUUGUCUUUACGGUCCCCAGAAAACCUGCUGAAUUUAGCCCCCCGGGUACGCCUGGUGUCAUUAAGAAAUUCAUGAAGGAGAUCGAGAAAGAGCUUCCACCUGAUAUGUCACAACCGAGUGACCCGGGCAGUUACCCCGUCGGCCAUAGGAUCAAGAAACUCGUCUACAACUUCAAAUCGCAAUGCAAUGGCCGAGACCAAACCGUGGAGCUGAACUCCAAGAGGAUUGCCAGCGGCGAAUUCUACAAGGACUACAUUGGCAUGAUCAAGGCCCCGGGAGCUUCCAUCCCGGUAAGAGCGAGAAUUGCCGACAAACAAGGAAUCCGGUUCGUUCAGGGAGCCCGCCUGCAAGAAAUGACCGGCAGCUCGGGCGUCGAGGAAGUCGUGGAUUAUUUCUACAGACCCAAGAAGAAAGAGGGAAUCGUGCUCUACAGCUGGGAUCCAGAAAUCAGAGAUUGGCUUCACUAUAUAGACGGUUUUCUACAAACUUACCAGAACUAUGAUACUUACAUCACUUUGCUGGGAACUGUGGAGACAAUGGAUGAGAAAGGCAUCUACCACCUGGAUAUCCAGCCCAAUUACAAACACAAAGCGGCACAUGUCGGAAGUUUAUUCUAUGCGCCACAAGAAAUUGUAUGGGGCGAGAAGACAUGGAAACACAUCGACGUCGUCAUGUUUGAACUAGGGAUGCUGGCUGUCAGCCUAGUGACGAAGAUGUUUGAGCGCACAAACCAAAACAUAUGGGUGGAGUUGAUCCAGCAAAGACAUGUCUCCAAGGACGCGGCGGAAGAGAUCCUGAUCAAGCAUGAUAUCAACACCAUUUUAGCAUCGCAACUGUCCAAGGUGCUUUGCUCGUCGAACCGGCUUGGGAUUGAGCGGUUUAGGACGGAGAUGGAGGGAAUGGGAUUCAGUGGCUGGCACUUCCGUCCACGGAGUUCACGGAAGAGGGAAGAUUGA